AUGCCCGAGAUUGGAGGCAGUUGCAUUCUCUGGCACCAACCAACUUCAAAACAUGCAAUCAAACCUCCUACCACUAAACAGAUAUCAGGCCAGGCGGGAUUGCUGUGCAACUUGUCUUACUGGAAGAGGCGUACGAAGAAGAAGAAGGCUUUUCUGAGGACUCCUCGUGUGGUCUUGAGCCACGCCAAGGCCACUGUGUUGAGUCGACCCGUUCACAACUCACCAAAGCUUCAUAUCCUUCGUAAGGGAGGUGUGCGUAGAUGGGCAGGUCCCGUCUUGACCAAGUUCAAAUCAAUUAAUCUAGAUAUGUUCGGUGAACGCAAUACCUGUCUCCUUACCAUCAAAGCAGAUUCAAGCAAUAAGCAGUGCAUGCUGCUGCACCCCUAA